GCGAGGGCCUAGGACGUGACGAGAUGGAGCGAAUGACCAAUGCAAGCACACCUGAUUCGAGAUCGCGCACCCCCUUCUGUGCGUAUUGAGGUCGACGCGCCCCACGCUCCCCCACGGUACCCCGGACGACCGACCAGGAUAAGACCCUCUCGAGGCCGUUCAGUUGGGAUCAUCGACCUUUUCGCCAACAACGACGAGGGGAUCUGUUCUCUCACUGUCUUCGUCUGCAGUACCGAUCUCGACGCUCUCGACGAUAUCGGCCUUCCGAUCGCGCCCUAUCUCAUCGCGAGACUCGUUUCAAAGUCGAGUCUAUCCAAACGAGGUCCCAAUUCAACCUUGACUCUACAUCUAGCCUCAUCGCCUCGCCGCUUCAGGAUCCCCAUAGUACGCAAUGGCAGACCCCGCCGCACCGCCCGUCAACAAGGCCCUCUCGAAUGGGAUCCCGCCGCCGGCGUUCGAUCUACCCUACCCCGAACGCCCGGAGACGAUCACCAACAAUAUCCUCAAGCUCACCGAGCACGCCCCCGACGCCCGGUCGCGGUUCGUGUUCACGAACCUCAUCAAGCACCUGCAUGCCUUCGUCGAGGAAACGUCGCUCACCACCGCCGAGUGGAUGACCGCCAUCCAGUUCUUGACCCGCGUCGGCAAGACCUGCACCGAUCUCCGGCAGGAGUGCAUCCUCCUCUCCGACGUCCUCGGCGUCUCGGCCCUCGUGGACGCGAUCAACAACCCACCUCAGGGCGGCGCGACGGAGAGUAGCGUGCUCGGGCCGUUCUUCACCGAGGACGCUCCGGACGUGGAGCUUGGAGGAACGAUCGCGUCGGAGGGCAAGGGCCAGUAUAUGUACGUCGAGGGACGUGUGCUCAACACCAAGGGCGAGCCGAUCCCGGACGCGGUUAUCGAGACUUGGGAGACGGAUGAGCUUGGGUUUUACGAUACGCAGUAUAAGGAUCGCGAACAGCCCGACUGUCGUGGACGUCUACGGUCGGACAAGGAGGGCAAAUACGGUUAUCGCGCCAUCGUUCCCGUGGCGUAUCCCAUUCCAGGCGAUGGGCCUGUGGGGGAGCUACUUGUGCACCUCGGUAGACAUAAUAUGCGCCCGAACCACCUGCACCUCAUGGUCACGGCACCUGGAUACACGAAGCUGAUCACCGCCCUGUACCCGGAAGGCGACGUCUACUUGGAAAGCGACGCCGUCUUUGGUGUUAAGAAGUCGCUCGUCGUCAGCUACAAGGACGUGAACGACGACGCGGAGGCGCGCGCGCGAGGCUUUCCCCAGGGCGGCGCGUUCAAGCUCUUGCAGUUUGAUAUCGUGCUGACGACCGAGGAGGAGACGCGCGUCGGACGCGAGUUGUGGGCGAAGGAACACGGGGUGAAAGCUGCGGCCGAGUCCGUCGCGAGGAUCUGACGUGGGGAAUAAGAUAUAUCUGAAACUUGGAUAUAUGCACCUGUAUGAUUAUGUGGUCUGAUAACAGGAGGUGGAUGCUAUGAACUUGAAGGAGACGAUUCCGGGUACUUAGUAGAGAUCCUGGCUGUAACGAUACGCGUACUGUAACGGCAGUCACGCUGCCGACGGCGACGUCACGGAGAGCUUACCC